GCUGCACUUGUUCUGUUAGCAGUUUGCAGCGGCCAUUUCAAAGAGACCGUCACAAAGACAAGAGAGAGAUCAGAGGAGCACCCAUUCCCAAGAUGCUGGCACCCUGCCUUCUGAGAAGAGUGGUCCUUACAGUUCCUUUAGUUUUUGUGGUUGCACUGCUUCUUGCGGAGCCUGUUAGAUCUGAUCAAGAAGCGGGAACAGCCAUACCAGCUGAAAGUCGUCCCUGUGUUGAUUGCCAUGCAUUUGAGUUCAUGCAGAGGGCUCUGCAGGAUUUAAAGAAGACAGCAUAUAAUCUAGACACGCGGACAGAAACUCUGCUUCUUCAGGUGGAAAAGAGAAAUCUGUGCGACUGUGUAACUGCAAAUCUGCUGAACUGAAUCCUGGAGGCCAGCUAAGGAGUAUCACCUGUUCAGCGGUUUUUAAAAUGCAGCUGUAUAAAAUACAGCUUUAUGGAGUUCAUGUUGCAAGCAUGUAUGCCCCAAUGUACCGAGGAAAUUGGUGGGCUGUGUCUUACGUAUUUGUCUGUUCUGUUUUUUUCUAAGAGAGUAACCUCUUUUCACAUCCACUGGGUUGCCAGUAAGGGCUCAAUUUAGUAAAUCUGUUACUUGGUAUUAAAGUGGGGGAAAAAUGUACCUGCUUUGAUUUUUAAAUCAGAGUUGGCCAAGUGUAACCCACAAGAUAAAUAUGGCCAGCAGUGCUCUAGAGACACUUGCAGCUGUUUUUUUUCUCUAAUAUGAACGUAUCUCUGUGGCAACUUACCCAGUUAUAUUGAGACAGGGAACAGUGGUCUCUGUAGGCUUUGCCUGUGUAUUAAAGAUAAUGGAAGUCCCUUC